AUGGGGAAAGACACAUUCUUUGGCAUGAGCUCAGCUUUGAGAGGGGGCUAUAGGCCCUCCCAUGAUGUGUCCCAAUUGAGAUUCUUAAGGUGUGUUUUGGUUUGUUUCCAGUCUGUCUCUGGGCUAAAAGUGAAUGUGGGAAAGAGUUCCUUAGUCCUGGUAGGGGAGGUGCACGACGUUGCUAAUCUUGCUACAGCUCUAGGGUGUGAGGUUUCUCAUUUCCCUAUUUCUUAUUUAAGAUUGCCUUUGGGUUCAUCAUUAAGAAGGGUGGGGGGUUGGGACCUUGUGAUUGAGAGGUUUGAGAAGAGGCUUGUCAGGUGGAAGCAUUACCUCUCUAAGGGUGGGAAGGCCACCCUCAUGAAAAACACAUUGUCAAAUCUUCCUACUGAUUUAAUCUCUCUCUUUUAG